GCACUGGUGAGGAUGGUGUCCUGGGAACCCAGCGCCGUGUGCCAACUGCUGCUGCUGCUGUUGAUCCUGAAGGAUUCACUGGGGUCGUCUGCAGGAGCCCACACUCUGCGCUAUGACCUCACGGCCUUGUCUCAGGAGGGAUCUGGGCAGCCCCAGUUCCUGGCCCUGGGAUACCUUGAUGAUGAGCUCUUCCUGCGAUAUGAUGGGAACAGCAGUCAGACAGAGCCCUGGGGGCUCAGGAUGAAGGGACAUCUGGGACCUGAGACCUGGGCAAGAGAGACUGAAGAAUUGCAGGAGGAGGAGCAGCAGCUCAGGAGGAUGCUGGCAGAGCUCAUGGGCCAGAAGGGCCAGGACAGGGGUCUUCACACUCUCCAGGCCUCGUUGGGCUGUGAAAUCCAAGGAAACAACACUAGAGCCUUCUGGCGCUUGGGCUAUGAUGGGCAGGACCUCCUCACCCUGGACCCGGAGACCCUCAGCUGGAAAGCGGCAAUGCCCUCAGCCAAGUCCACGAAGAUGCUCUGGAAGAGGCAUGGCCCCAAACUGGCUGUGGUUAAGACUCUCCUGUAUGACACAUGUCCUGAUUGGCUCCAAAGGCAUCUGACUACCAUGAGAGACCGCCCCAUGUAUACAGGUCCCCCAACAGUGGUUAUGACCCAUAUGAACUACCCAGUGGACAGGAUCGUCCUGACCUGCAGGGCCUUUAACCUGUAUCAUGGCACCGCCACUCUAACCUGGCUUCGGGAUGGGGAGUCCCUGGAGCAGCACACCUUUGGGCCUGAUGUCAUCCUUCCCAGUGGGGAUGGAACCUACCAGACUUGGGUGUCCACUUGGAUCCUUCCUAGAGAGGAGCCAAGGUUCACGUGCCAUGUCCAACAGGGCAGCCACAGCAUUGGGGCACUUCAUUUAGUGACACUGCAUGGAUGUGAGCUGGACCUAGAGAGCUCUUGUUACCUGGAGGAAUGUGACAAAGAAGAAGAGGCAUCACCUCAGAGAACAGGUUAUAUGACACAUUGUCUUGCUCUUGCUGGCGUCUCCCUGCCUCUUCCACCAUCUUCCAUGAUGCACAUCUGUGGGGAGCCAAGACUGGGCCUCACCACACUUGGUGUGAUACCUGGGCCCCAGCACAGAGGACUUUGAAGAGCUGGAUCCUGGCAGCAGCCCUAAGCCGCUCCUUGAACUGGCUUCUCCCCACAUUCAAGUCUUUGGAUGAGAUCACAGCUGGCCUGGGCCUUGACUACCUGCCUUGAAUCUCUGCCCAAAUUCUGG